AUGCCUUCUUUGGCCGGAGAAGAAUUCUUUCUCCCAUCAAUGCCGGGGAAGUUUAAAGAUAAAUCCCACACGUUGCACAGACAGUUCCACCGGUGUUUCGCUUCCACCAGUACAAUGUUCUUGUGGGCUCUUUUCUUGGUGGUGUUAACAGCGUCGUACUUGAGUUUCCAAUCUUUUGUGGAUUCCAGCAGCAAGUAUUUGUCCUCCGCCUGGGGUGGUAUACAGUGGGAGAAACAGGUCCGGGCCUCCGCUCAUAUUCACCGCCAAAAUGGUUUCUCCGUCCUCGUCACUGGCGCCGCCGGUUUCGUUGGAGCCCACGUGUCCCUAGCAUUGAAGAAACGUGGUGACGGCAUUGUUGGCCUCGAUAAUUUCAACAAUUAUUACGAUCCUACCUUGAAAAAGGCCAGACAAAGUCUCCUAAAUUCCCAUAAUAUCUUUAUCGUGGAGGGUGACGUCAACGAUGAGCGCAUGUUAGCAAAACUCUUUGACAUCGUGGCUUUCACGCACGUUAUGCACUUGGCGGCACAGGCGGGGGUUCGAUACGCCAUGGAGAAUCCGAAUUCUUACGUGCACAGCAAUAUUGCAGGCUUGGUUACACUUCUUGAAGCAUGCAAAAAUGCCAACCCGCAACCCGCAAUUGUAUGGGCCAGUUCGAGCUCCGUUUACGGGUUGAACGAAAAGGUUCCCUUUUCCGAAUCGGACAGGACAGACCAACCAGCUUCUCUUUAUGCCGCCACGAAGAAGGCCGGAGAAGAAAUAACCCACACGUACAAUCACAUUUACGGACUCUCGAUUACCGGGUUGCGGUUCUUCACUGUUUACGGCCCGUGGGGAAGACCCGACAUGGCGUAUUUUUCGUUUACCAGGAACAUUCUGCAGGGGAAGCCGGUAACAGUUUACCGGGGAAAGAACAGGGUCAACUUGGCCCGGGAUUUUACGUAUAUUGAUGACAUUGUGAAGGGUUGCGUAGCUUCGUUGGAUACCGCGAAGAAGAGUACCGGUUCGGGCGGGAAGAAACGGAGUCCGGCACAGUAUCGGAUCUUCAAUUUGGGUAACAAGUCGCCGGUGACUGUGCCGAUGAUGGUAGGAAUAUUGGAAAAACAUUUGAAGAAGAGGGCAAAGAAGAGUAUUGUUGAAAUGCCAGGAAACGGUGACGUUCCCUACACUCAUGCAAAUAUAAGUUCGGCCCAAACCGAGUUAGGGUACAAGCCCACAACCGAUUUGCAAACCGGGUUGAAGAAGUUUGUUAGAUGGCAGGAUCUCUGCCUUUUCUCUGUAAAUUCUUUAUGCUUAGGAUACUCCCUUUAUCUUCUUUCUUUCUUGUACAGGCCGGCAUGA